CUGCACGACAGCCCUCUUCGCUCUCGCUCCGAUGCCCACCCUCUCGAACGCGCUGACGCGCUCCCCGGCUUACGGCCCGCACGCAGCCGCCCGCCCGCUCGAGCUCCUGCUCACCGCGACGGGCGGGGGCCGCGACCUCGCCGACUUCUCCAACCGCGUCUGGCGCCACCUGCACCAGCGCCGCAACCUGCCGCCCGACAACCCGCAGCUCCGGAGCUACCAGAGGAACCUGCCCACCCUGGUCGCGGAGCGGGCGCGGCACGUCCUCGCGCUCGUCGCCGCCGCGCAGGCCGAGGGCACUGACGACGGCGCCCCCCACCUCGCCAGCGACGCGUGGCUCGCCGCCCGCCGCUGCUUUGCCUUUCUCGCGCCCGGGGCGGGCAAAAGCCUCUCCAUCGCCCUCGCGAUCGUCCUCUUCCCGCACGCGGCGGCGCCGCCGCCGGGGUGCGGUGUGCCCCCGACGGCGGCGCGGCACCUUAUCGUCUUCCCCUUCUGCACCAACAUCAACGAGCUCCUCGACGAGGGCCUCCGCCUCGAGGAGAGGCCCUGCCGCGAGUGCCGCGCCGCAGCGCAGCAGGCCGACCCCGCCUGCUGCGACGCGUGCCGCAACGAGCUGCACCGCGCCGCGGAGGCGUCGUCGCUCUGCUCGCGGCUCGGCCUCCGCCGCAGCCACGUGAUCGAGCUCGCGCGCCACGUCUACGUCCUCCCUGACCGCUUCAACCCGCGCGAGAACCUGCGCCACCAGCGCGACUUUGAGCAGGCGUGGAUCGUGCUCGCGACGCAAGACAAAGUGGCGCGCGCGUGCGAGGCGGGGCACAUCGGGCCGGCCGACGUCCGCGCGCUCUGGGCCGACGAGGGCGACUACGGCAACAACCCCGACGAGCGGCGCGGCAGCUUCAGCUGGGACAUCAUCCAGCGCACGCUCUGGACCUCGUGGGUCAACCUCUUCUCGGGCACCUGCGCCGAGUGGAUGCGCGACCUGCCCGAGCUGGCGCGGAGCACCGUCCGCUUCACGUACGGCGACCUGUACCGCUCCUACGACGCCUGCCAGCUCACCGUCACGACGCUCUGCGCGCACGGGCUCGUGGUGGGCGGGCGCCGCAUCGGGGACGAGCCGCUCACGGAGGAGGACGUGGACGUCUUCUGCCGCAAACUCCUCAACCAGCACGACGAGUGGCGCAUCCCCACGCAGGGCGUCCUCUUCAACGCCAGCAACUCGGGCGGCGAGGAGGUCUGGCGCCAGCUCUGCGGCAUCGCGGCGCGGCUGCCUCCGUCGCCAGUCACCGGCCGGCCGCUGCGCGUCGCGAUCGCGUACACGCGCCUCUCACGCGCCGAGGACACGGCGCCCUUCCGCAACACGGAGCGCGUCAUCGCCGCCUCCAAAGCGCUCGAGUACGACAUCAUCGUGCUGUCCAACAUCGGCUGCCGCGGCCUCAACAACUCGAUGAUCAUGGUGGGGCUCAACAUGUACCCGCACAACACCAGCGUCGCCUCGCGCAACGAGCAGUGGCAGCGCGUCAACCGGCUCAUCCGGCCGAUCCGGCUCGACCCGCGGCUCGUCGAGCUGGUCGAGCGACUCUACGGCCGAGAGGUGGCCGCCGCGCUGCGCCAGUUCGUGCUGCACCACCGGCUGCACCGCCUCCACCAGCGCGCCGACCUGCUCGAGAUCGACGCCAACUUCGCGGCCAACAACGCCAACCUGCGGCAGUGCAUCGCCGAGCAGGGCGCCGAGGCGGCAGUCACGCUCUCCAGCGAGCGGCUGGUCGACCUGCUGCCCGCCGACGGCGAGGGCGAGGAGGGCGAGGGCUCGCUCGACGGCAGCAGCGUCCUUAGCGAGGAGAGCGGCGGGGAGGAGAGCGAGGAGAGCGGCGAGGAGAGCGAGGAGGAGGGGGAGGAGGCGGCGGCGCUGCGGCGGGAGGAGGAGGAGCGGCGGCGGCGGCAGGAGGAGGAGCAGCAGCUUGCGGCGGUGGCGCGCGAGCGGGAGCGGCGGGAGCGCGCGGCGCGCGCGAGAGAGGCGCGCCAGCAGGCGCAGAUCCGGCGCGACGGGCAGAUGUGGUCCCGCUUCCGGGCGUGGCCGCGGCGGUCGCGGAAAACGGUGACGCUUGACACGCUGGUCGGCUCGAUCCUCAACGCGAUGGACAUCUCCAUCCACGAGCGGCGGCGGGUCGCGACCCUCUUCCAGCGCGCCCUCGCCGCGGGCCCCGCCGUGCUGAGCGAGGCCGGCCUCGGCGGGGGCGGCCCCCUCCUCGCCCCCGGCCGGUCCCUCCUCCGCCUCCACGAGCGGGUUGCCGAGGUGCGCAGCGAGCCCGCCCCGAUCUGUGCCGUCUGCCGCGAGCCGCCGCAGCCCGGCUCGGCCUGCAUCCUGUGCUGCUGCUACGGCGUCAUGUGCGUUGCGUGCCUUGACCGCUGCCCGACCUGCCCGCUCUGCCGCUGCCGCCGUUGCUCCGCCGCCCUCGUCCCGCCAGUCGACGUCCCCUCGCCCCUCCUCGCCAGCCUGCUGGAGCGGCCGCUGCAGCGGCUUCACGCAAGAGGCUUCACGAAAGAGGUUCUCCUCUCGCAGUCGCCGCGCCUCUUCCAGGAGCUGCAGUUCAUGGUCCGGCGCUGGGAGCAAGCGCUGCCGCCACCUCCACUAGACCUCGUCCCGCCCCUCGACACGCCGCCGCCUGCACCGCCACUAGACCCAGUUCUGGCGCCGCUUCCGGCACCGCCGCCGGUCGACGCCCCCUCGCCUCUCCUCGCCGGCUUGCUGGAGCGGCUGCGCCACGCCGCGACCGUCAGCCGCACUUACUCAGGCGGCGGCGUGGGCGCGCACGACCCUGCGUGGGCGGCUCUGCUCGGGCGGUACCGCGAGUUCUUCGAGGCGUCGCCGCGCCUCGCGCCGCUGCUCCAGCCUUACGCCGUCCGCGACACCAAUUUGGCGGCGCUGCCCUGCUGGCCGUACAUCGAGCCGGCGCCCGAGCAGGAGGACCCGGCGCUGCGCGGGCGGCAGGACGAGCCGUGGCCGCUGCAGAGCCCGGGGCGGGGCUUCACGCAGGAGGGCCUCCUCUCGCAGUCGCCGCGCCUCUUCCAGGAGCUGCAGUUCAUGGUCCGGCGCUGGGAGCAAGCGUUGCCGCCGCCGCCGCCGCCCGACCCAACGCCAGUCACGCCGCCUCCGCCGCCGGCGCCAGACUCACCUCCUCCGGCGCCGCGGCGGCCGCCGCUGCCGGCGUCGGCGCUGCGCGGCGCGUCGCUCGACGCCUUCGUGCAGGUGGUGGGCGAGGGCCUAGGCGGGCGGCUCUGGGCCCCCGUCGACCACAGCCUCACUGUGUCUGGCCGGCUGCCGCCUCCGGGCAGGAGCAUGCAGCACCUGCUGCGGGAGGCGGAGGCUGGCCCGCGGCUGCGCGCGGCGUACGAGCUCGCCGUGGCGGCGCUGGAGCGGCUCGGCCACUCGAUUGACCACUCGCUGCCGGCGGUGGUCGACGAGAUCGCAAGCAGCGUGCUCAGCGACGUGAUGUACGACCACGCGCAUCUGCGCCGCCGCCCCGAGCUGCGCGAGCACAUGCUCAGGGGCACGGAGCGGGAGGUGCGGGCGCGGCUGGCGGGGCUGAUCAACGCGAUGCACAGCGGCGGCCUGCCGACCACGCACCGCCGCAUCCGCUUCGACGCGGCGGCGCACGGCGGCGGCGGCGGCGGGCGGGCGGCGGUGGUGCUGCGGCUGCUUGUCUGA